UACCUCCAUCAAGAAUACCGCCCUACCCGUCCCCCCCACUGAGCCCCCAAACCAGAACCAGGUAGUAAACAUACCGGAAUGUGUUUCACCUAACUGGCAUGCACGCACGCACACUAUCCUAGUUUCUCGUUAAGAUGCCAAGUAUGCGGGCCGGGUCUAUGUCGAUCUGGGGAUGGAUGAUGCACAGCCACUGGGUGGCACUUCGGUUAUGGAUCUGCCUAGGCUACUGCCUACUGCUUAAUGUCGGAUGUCUAUUUGGGGUUGGGUUGGGCUGGGCUGUGGCUGGGGAUGGGGCUGUGGUAUGUGAGGAAUCUAUGUAUGAUGGACUAAGGAGUAGUUGGGUAUGGUUGGGUAUUGGGAGGUUGCACAGUAUGUAUGGUGUAUGGUGUAUGUUCAUGUAUGGGUAUUGGGUAUUGAGGGUAUAAAGUGUGACGGGGAUGGUUUCUUUUCUUUCUUUGCUAUGAGACAAAGGGCUUAGUCUAAUUGUACUAUUAAUA